AUCAUUUCAUUCGAUCGACGACGACAUGACAGAAUUUGAGCUGGUCCGCUCGUGUUGUUUGAGCACGACAAAUCCAAGGCAAAGCAGACAGAAUUUAUCAAGACUCAAGACCGUCAAUCAUAAAGAUAUUGAAAUGUUGAUCAAGCUUGUAAAUCAUAGGGCGAACUGAAGCUGACAGAAGAUAGGCUGAAUAGACAACAGUUUCACGGCCUAUGAAGUCGGGACAGUAUUAUGAAAGUCAAGCGAAGCUCUCCCCAUCUCUCUUUUGCUGUCUCCUAUGUGUGUGCUUCUAUCAACAAAUCCCACUCCGCUCUAUACUUCACCACUGCACCAGGCUUGAAUAGGCAGCCAAUCAGAGGGCAGCUAGCAGUAAAGCUUACUUCAGUCCUCCUCUUCUCCCAGCUCGGGAAGCAGACCAGUUUCAUCCAUUCAGUAUCGCUCCAUCCCUCUGAAUCGAUGGAGCGUCAUCCAUGCGUGAUCGCUCACACAACUUUAUGAUCAGGAAGCGGGUGAGAUAACGAGACAGGAGGCUUGGCAUUCCUCCCGACGAUUUGACAUCACGAAGCAAAGAGGCGACAAACUGCCUAUUCACAGAGGCACUAGAUACAUGUUUCCAAUCUAUUUUCAAAUCUGGAUUGGAUGCUGAAGUCAAAUGAAGAUGGAGACUAUUGGCUUUCACUGGAUGGGUCACUUGUUAGUAGCUGUCCAAGUUCUACUUCUAUUACACAAGUCAAGGCUAGGUGAAGCACAGAGCAACCAAGACAACAUCACCACCACCACCUUUGAGACUGAACCAUUGGACAAAGAGACUGCUGUUGGUGGGUUCAUCAUGCUGCAGUGUAAGGUCUCUCAAAUGAUAAAGGGGAAUACCUAUCUUGUUUGGACUCACAACAACAAACCAAUUUUCGAAGACAACGUUCCCUUAAGUGAGGACGUGAAUUUUAAUUACCGAGGGGUUGGGAUGUACCCACGAGCUAACUUACUCAUCACUCCAGUACAGAAGAUAGACCAUGGUGCACUCUUCUCCUGCAGGCUGUACAACGGUUCUGUGCAAACCGAUGGAUCUGAAUUGCUUAUGGAGUCCAGGAGUGCAGUUCUGUCAGUGAAGUACACACCACCUCCUAAGUAUCCUCUAUGUAGCGCUGGUCCACAGGAGAAAAAUGGUAAGAUAACUGUUGUGCUGUCAUGUUGCACGGAGAUAUCGAGUGUGAGGAUGUCAUUGGCUUGGAUAUCACGGGGAGAGAACGCCAGCUGGAGAUUCACGCAGCAAGCUAAAACCGGCUAUGAAACCGGUCAGAACUGCCUCGAGCAUGACAUUCACACAGGGUUUAAUUUUAGUAUGUAUCAAUGCCAGAUGGAUGAAGCUUCUGGUGAAAGAACAGACUUUGAAUCUAAAACAUGUUCCAUCUCAAAAUUGAGAUCUCUUCACAUUUAUCUGAAAACAUUGGACCACAAGAAUGCACAAUUCAACUGCAGUGUGAAUGUGCCAGGGAGAUAUCGCUAUUUAUGGCAUCUCCGCGAUGAGGCUAAGACAACGAUUCAAGAAGUGAGUGGCAUCAAUGACAUUUCAACUCUGGACCUUCGGUUGAGCAAAGUAAGCAAUGGCUCAUAUCUUACUUGCACAGUGUUUAAUAAGACUGAUUUAGAUAGUUCAAAUCGGUACUUUAUGGGAACAACUGAAACACAGAUAGUCCAUCAGGCUCCCCCACCAGGCAGAGGAAACCCAACCAUGUUGAUCAUUGGCAUUGUCAUAGGAGCAGUAGUGGGAACCCUCAUUCUUGGUCUUACCCUGUAUUUCAUAAUGGUGAGAUGUUCAAGGCGCAACGACAGGAUGUACGCUUCCCUCGGGCGAUCUUCUGAAGCCGGCAUGCAGAUCGGCCCAGGAAACACCUACAUUUACCAUAAGAGCAACGAGAAUGGAAACUCAAAUGGCCGAGUGAUUGCAACUGCAGAGGGUGGUACCAUUUCUUCGGAGGCAGAUGAAAUCCCACCAAAGCCAGGUGGCCAUCGGACAAUCUCCUGGGAACCUGAAGACAUGGUGAUCCACUCUAAUGGUGGAGUCAUCAACCAUUCCGAAGACCCAAAGAGGCGCAAUGUAGAAGGUUUAGUUUAUGCUGAUCUUGCUUUUAAGGACGGGGAGGAGGAACAGGAUGCAGAGGGUGCAGGGGGUGAGGAGGAAGAGGCACUGAAAGGAGCAGUCGGGGGUGAUACAAACGCUGCCAAACCAGGGACAACAAGAGAAAGUAUAGAGUAUGCCAGUAUCGUGCCUCCCCUUCGAUCCUUAAGAUUCUAAUCCUGGUGGCCUUUCAAGGAGAACAAUGAACUUUAUCACCAGGAAGUCUAUCAAAAAAGAAUUUGUGCAUUACAGGGAUGUCAGACAUUUUAUUUGCAUUUUUUUUAAAAUCCUUGUUCAAUCGUAGAUCCAUAACAUUACAGUAUUUCUUCUUCAAUGAUGUCUAUAGAUGUACUAGAAUACGCAAUUAUUUUGAUACGCUCUGUGCACUAUAUUCAAGUACUUUUCUUUUAGCAUACAAGUACAGUAUCAUACAUUGCCAUUUAUGUGUACAGGAUAGUUGUUUGUAACCCCUGUCUUAUAUGUAUUGACCUAUACUGGGGGUGGCGGAAUGUGAGGCCGCCGGGCACGCCCUGUAAAAUGUGCAAAGACCUUUUUUUGAAUUUUGUUUGUCAAAAUAUUCAGACAAAUUCCAACCCCAUUAAAAGUCCAUAAUCUAGAUCUGCAUCUGCUAUGAUUGAUUCUAUCUAAACCUGAGAUGGGUUUUACAUACUCAACUCCACUUUUUAAGCUCCAUUUUGAGACAAAUUUUAAGAUGAAAUCCAUUUUCUUACCAUGUUUUCUUAUAAAGGGGACAAAGUGUAAAUAAUUCACCAUUUCUAAUUAGGAAUGUACAUCGUUCCGUCGGUACAUGUAUAUUUUCUGUUUAUUUAUUUAUAUCUUCAAUUGUCAUCAUUUUCAUUGUUUUCAUCAACAUUACUUUCAUCAUCAUCAUCCUCAUCCACAUCAUCGUCAUCAUCCAUCAAAGUGAUUUUACUAUUUUAGUAAGGCCUCCAUUCUACAGGUAAGCUUCGCAUUGAUCUAUAGUUUUUAACACUUUGCAGUAUGUAUCAAUUGUUGUGUUUGUGAUUUUGAGCAAACGUUGAAUAGAAAAAGAAAUUAAAAUACAGGCCAGAAUCACAUGGACAAGUAUAUGGAGGUAUGGUCAAGGUAUAUGCAAUAACAUACAUGCCCAUUUGGAAGACAAGAACCCACUUAUUUUUAUUUCUUUUUAAUAGCGGGAGUUUCAAUCUGCCUUUAUUCUUUUUUUUAAACCUACAUUACAUAUGCAUAUUUCAAAUAAGAAAAUGCAUUUUUUACAGCAAUAAUGUAGUUCACAUACAUAUUCAAUGCAGAUUUUAAAAGCGAAGAUACAAUAACGCAUAUAUGUACAAUUUAUUCAUUACUGCGUAUUUAGAGAAUGUUGUUGAGUCCUAUUUAUGACAAGAUGGACAUUUAUUUUCAUGUAUGGUACUAAUAUGUAGCAGUUCUUAUAUCAGUAUUUUAGACCUUGUUGUACUAUUUUGAAUAUACUUAUUGUCACCUUGUGAACUUUCUUCUGUAUUCUUGUGUUCGAGCAGAACCUUUGAACUUUACUAUUAUAAGGAUUUGCCAGAAUAAUGAUUCAAACAUAAAAUUUCAGCAAAUAGUGCAAGUGCAAUGUACGGACAUGUAUUAUUAGUACAUAAAUUGCACAUUGUGAAGUUGCGGUAUUACACUUUAUUCCUACUGAGAAACAGGUGAAUGCAUGCAUACAAUUGUCUGCAUGGGAAACCAUUAGCUGUUUUAAAAUCAUUUAACUUUUACAAAAUGUGAUUUUUUUAUAUUUAGUAUUCAUGGAGAGUGAUAUCUUCCUCUCUCCCUUGCCCAUGUAUAAAUACAUGACCUUUACUUGCCCUUAUUCGACAUUGAGAUUCACAAAAAAAUGUAUUCAUGAAUUUGUUUAUUGUAUUCCUGAAUAGAGCUCUAUAAAAAGUUAUAACAAAUAAUAAUUCAGGGAUAAGACCUUGUCACUUAGUUCAUAUUGUUAUCAAGAGAUAAAAUAAUACAUCACAAAAUUUUGUUUAAUGAUGUAUUGACUUAAGAAUGAUUUUAUUUAUUUUUUUAUUUGUUAUUUUAUUUUUUUUGGGGGGUGGGAAGAUCGACAAGUACUGUAUUAUCUACAAUUUUUUUAUCAAUUAAAAAAAAAAUAAUUCAAAACAAUUUUUUUUUUAAUGUACUGGAUUGAUAGAUUCAGGUGUACUACUCAGUACUAGUGGAGUGAGAAGUGCAACUUUGUACAACUGUCUCUGCAGCCCCUUACAAAACUCAAAGCUGCGGAAGUUGAAAAGAAACCCCCAACAAGUAUUUAUUCAAGUCUGGAGAGUUAGUUGUUCAAAAUUAUUUUCUUUCAUUUUCGUAAAGGAAGUUCAAAUAUACAUUAAUGAAUAUGGAACGAGUCAUUUGUUUGCAUUUCUCAUACGCAUACUUCAAGAUUGAACACAUACAGUAACCAAACACUACAGUUUGAAUUAUUGUGAAUUAUUGGUUGUGGGCAAAGUGCACCAUUUUUUUUUAUUAUGAUAAACACUAUUUGUGUACCCAGUAAAAACAUGUGGGCAGAGAAUUCAAACUUUAUAUCAACCCAAAAUUGAACAUGCAUGCAUGAUUCAUCUCUCUUGAAUAGAACCAAAACAACAGAAAAACAAAAUGGGAAACAAGUGACACUGAUGAAUAAUUCAUACUCGGAUGUUCAUUGUUCAAGAGUCUCAUCUCAUAUUGCUGGCUGUUUGCCGACUUGUACUGUAUGUAAAUUUAUUUGGGGGGGUUCUUCAUUGCAUUUAUGCUUUCUUCAAUGUUUAUAAAAAAAGUCGUUCAUGGGAUCAAAUUUAUUUCUAUAGAAAAGUACUCUGUUUGGUUUGAUUGUAAAUAUGUACUUACAAGCAAGCAAUAUAUAUCACUAAUGUUUGGUUGAGAAGCACAUGUACAAGUUUAUCAAAAAGCAAAUGAAUUUUUUUCAUUUGGCCAAAUUUAAAUAAUCAAACAUGUCUCCUCCAUUUUUUGUUUUACCUUGACUGCUAAGAAUGCAAUGUUUGCUUGUAUUUACAAUGAACCAAUUUUAAGGGAAGUGGUAAUGCAGAUUAAUGUCUGUUAGCAGAAUGUACUAUAGUAUAAUCAGUUGUAAAGCUAUUAUGAAGCAUGUACAACAAAUUGCAACCAGGUGUAUUAUAGAUUAUAUUUACGCUACAAGGACUAGUUCACCGAGUUACAAAUCUACUGCUUCACUUUUAAGCUGCUACAUGUAUGUGAAAAGAAAUGUGAUGAAUUCAUGUUUUAAGAUUCAAAAUCUCAAUUUAAUUUUUUAGUUUUUUUUAAUGAUAUGAAAUUCUUUGACAAAUGCACUCUUACCCAAUCAAGUUAUGUAAUUAUUCUAGCCUAUCAAAAUGUAUGUCAUAGGAUUUUUUUAUUGUUUUAUAAAACAGAAUUCAGAAUUAUGGUUUAACACUUAAAAAAAAAAUCUAAGAGUUAUCCAUGUACACUGACAAAUUUUUAGUGUGUGCACACAUUGCCAAAAUGAAAGUGAAUGCAAGAAAUAAGCAUCACUAUAGAGUAGUAUAUCUUUUACAGAUUAAAUUUGAUAAGGUAUACCAAAAUAACGGAAGCGAAUAUUAGCCUCAAGAGAGCAAGUCCUAAUUGAAGUGAACCAACAAAAUUGCUCUGCCACAAAUUUGAAAGUAUGCGUAAUUGAUAGUAAUGAAAGCCAUCUCCAUCUCAAUAAUAUAGAAUAAAUACAUCCUAGUCAUUAAAUGCUAAUUGAAAAUGCCUGUGGAUGAAAAUAUGAUUAAUAUACAUGAAACCUGGCAUUUUACUGCCAGGGUACUUUAGAUAUUUUAUACCCACUAAUCAACGAUGCGCGAGUUGAAGAGAAACUUUAUCGGUACAAAAUGAAACUGACGUGAAUGGGAACGCACAAGAUGCCCCGAUCAUCUACGCUAAAUCUUGUAGAUCAUAAUGUGGUUAAGUUUGAUAGAAAUCAUGCAUCAACUACAUUAGCGUAAUGGAGAAGACCCACUAUCCAUGGGGAUGACAAAAUCAGUGAAUGAAUGAAUGAAUGGAACUUUGCAUUAUCUCUAUGAAUGGCAACGUUGUAAAGCAUGCAGGUUAUUUGACCUUUCAAAGAAAAACAAAUAUUCUUGCCGAGUUUAUGUAAAGUUAUUUUGAUAAUGUCAGAAAGAGUUCAGGUUUUUAUGCUUUGACUUCUUUUUACCUAAUAAAUCUAGUUAAAAGAUUGAAGCCAUGAUAAACUGUAGUGUCCAUUCCAGUUAAGAUGGUUAUAGUCUUAUCUCUGCACACAAUGCUUUGGUAUCAGUUCAUAUUAAGUAAAUAUUGAAAAAUCUCUUACUCAUGAACAAUUUGGAUGUUUUCUUACAUCUGGUGAAAAGAGGCAUUUAUAUAUGAUAUCUAACCAAUAAAAUUAUGUAAGAUCUUAUUUGUUACAAAAGUUGCUUGAAUGUGGGUGAAAAACACUUCUUUCAUAUUUAUAUUAAUAUCACCAAGAGAUAACAAAAACAAAGCAUUCCCACCUGAUUUACUAUUAGACACACACAGGUCAAAAUCUUUUAGUUACUUUAUGAAAUGGACAUUACAAAAAGAAUGUUUGAAAUUAAGAAUGAAUAUGUUUUGUUGUGUAGAUCUUGUUUGAUAUGAUUCUGUUGUUUGCAUGAUUGUUUUGUAACAUUAAAACAAAUAUCAAAACUAUAAUUUCAAAAUGGAACCAGCCAUGGGCAUUUAUAUCUAUUGAAUAAAUUGAAUUAUUUGAUGUUCUACUUAACCUUGCUAUUAUAUACUUGUUAAUGGUACUGGAAAUUCUUUGAUGGUAGUACUACAUUUGUAUCAUGUUCAGUUCUUCUAAAUGCUCAAAUGAAAAUAACUGAAUUUCUCCAUUCAAAGUUAGUACUAUAGUACAUCACAUGUAUGGAGUUAGGUUUAUUGCUAUGUAUUCUUCUUUGACAAAAACUUGUACAAAAUAUCUUGUUCCCUUUUAUUUCCUCGGAAAUAAGUUUUUUUUACUUAAUUUAUUUCAUGUGAAAAUGUAGACAUACUGAUGUGUUUGUGAAGACAAAAUACAAACUGCCAUUUUUCUAUAUUUUUGUCAUUGUAUCAAGAGAUUUUGAAAUGAAAGCAAUGAAAGCAUAUUCUGUACUCACAAGAAAUAUACAUCUUGUAAAUUAUGGUGUCACUCAAUAAUAAAGUAGCAUUGAGUAGCUCUA